GCUGAGGACGAGGGUUGAACGAGCGAGCCUCUGCUUCCGGGUCAUGCGGCUCGGGUUUUGCUUCCGGGCGGGGGGAGGCGCCCGCCAUGGAGCCGCGGCUGUGAGGAGCCCCCGGCCCGGGGCCCCCGCCUGAGGCCGGAGGAGAAGGAGGAGGAGGACAUGGACAAACUGACCAUCAUCUCAGGAUGCCUCUUUCUGGCCGCAGACAUCUUCGCCAUCGCCAGCCUGGCCAACCCGGACUGGAUCAACACCGGAGAAUCCGCGGGUGCUCUCACAGUUGGCCUUGUGCAACAGUGUCAAACCAUUCAUGGACGUGACAGGACCUGUAUCCCUCCUCGGUUGCCUCCUGAGUGGGUCACCACCUUAUUUUUCAUCAUCAUGGGCAUCAUUUCACUGACUGUCACAUGUGGCUUGCUAGUGGCUUCCCACUGGCGAAGAGAAGCAACUAAAUAUGCACGCUGGAUAGCAUUCACUGGAAUGGUCCUAUUCUGCAUGGCAGCCCUAAUUUUCCCCAUAGGAUUUUACAUCAAUGAAGUGGGAGGCCAACCUUAUAAACUGCCGAACAACACAGUCGUUGGUUCCUCUUACGUACUGUUUGUUUUAUCCAUUUUCUUUACAAUAGUGGGACUUCUAUUUGCUGGCAAAGUAUGUUUACCGGGCUGACGAACAUCUAGCUGCUGCACCGUUCAGUCAUGAAGGAGAGUAGGACGCCCUACGCAUUCUCGGGAGGAUGCCAGUGUCGGGCUGUUGCCCACCUAACCAGAAGGAGGAGGUCUCUGUUUUCACUAUGCACUUUGGAUUUUUUUAAGAUUUUUAUUUUAUUUUUACAAUGGAGAGCCUUUCCCAUAACCAAAUACAGACAAUCUUGACUCAUCUCCUGAGCAUCUGGAUGCGGUCAAGUGUGCACUGUGAUAGGAACUCGCGUAGGAGGAGAAUUUAUUUUCUACAUAACCGAGCAGCGUUAUUGUGCCGUCGCCCCUCUCCACAUCGCUGUACUGUACCCUGAAAAGAAAAUAUGACAAUUUUGAAAAUCUCAAAAAGUAUUUAUGGACUUUGGUUGACCAGAGGUUUGCCAAGGGAGUUGGAAGUGGGGCUGGCCUCACUCUCUUUAGGAGAUUAGAGUCUUCUUUCUGUAGGAGGCAAGAAGUGUUUGCCAUCAAAAACAAAACAAGCGAAGAGAUCAAUGUUACACUAACUACACCCUGAAGCCAAUAGAUCAAAAGGUAUUCUUGGAAACUGGUUACAACAAAACGCUCAUCUGCCACUGACCCCAACCCUGCAAUCUGUACAAACACCAAGGAACUUUGUGGGGCGGGGAGGGAAGGUGGCUGGGAAUUUUUCCUUAUAUUUAUAUAAAUAUAUAUAUAUAUUUUGCUGAUGCAGUAUGCAGAAUGUGUAUACAUAUAUAUGUAUAUAUAUAGAGACACAAACAGACAGACAGACAAGACAGAUACACACACACACGCAAACAUACACAAGUUCCUUAAAGAGUAUUCUUGGGAGCUUCACUAGCAAAACACUGUGGUGUGAAAAACCUAGAACUGGAUAAGGAAAAAAAAAAAAGGGGGGGGGAGAAAACAAAGCCAUUUAUCUGAAGGCUGCAUAGCUGGGGAAGUCUUCAGUUUACCUCAUUCUUUGUAGCAGCCCUUGGUUUUAACUGGUUUUUUUGUAAUAGGUACAACAACUCCACGCCUUCCUAGGUGCAAUUUUAAGUUAAGCUAAGACGGUUCAUUUGUUUUUCUUUGUAUGGUAAUUUAUUUGUAUAUUGGGAAUAGAAGGUGAAAUCAUGUCAUGCUCUUUAACAGUCCCAACCUCGUAACGGGAAAUUACACUACUUAAAUUAUGGGCAACUGUUACGUUCUGGAGGUGGGUAUCUCUCCCCACACCCCGUUGUCUUUACUUGUUAUAUUCAUGUUGGCUGAAACAUAGGAACAUACUUUCGUGUUCAGAUCAAAAAGAACAAGAUGAUGAAUUGAUGUUCUGUUUGGGUCCUUCAUAAUGCACAAAAAUUGUGUUCCCACCCAUGUCUUCUCGCAAGCUAAUCUUGCUCACUCCACUCGGCUGCAGGGCAAUUCGCAGUUGUGUCAAGGGAGUGUUUAGUAUUCUACCAAAGGUGACAGCUGGCCUACAGUGGCCAGAAAGGGACAUUUGAGCAACUGCCUCUUGUCAGUGUCCUGAGUAACACUACUUACCAACCUGUCAACAUUAAUAGUUCUUUCUUGACACAUCAUUGGUCAUAGGCAAUGUGUUUUGACCUCCUGCUAAGGCAGAUUGCAUUGGUAAAUGCCUGAUACCAACUCUAUCCAGUUCAGUAUCAAAUGCUUAUUUCUUUUGAACUAGUGAUCCGAGAGAGAUUGGGGCCACGGGAUAGCUUUGAAGUCAAUUUCUUACAGCAACAACUACAGUAGAAGUCACUACAAAUUGUUAGGGGAAUAUUGAUAUAUACUUGCAUUAUAACAUGCUGUGGUGCUCCCUCCCUAAGGAAAGAGCUAACAUCUGCACAAAUAUUAUAUGUGUGUGUUGAGAUACGCCAUCAUCUCAGCAGAAGAAUGUUGGAUUUACUUUGGAUUAGACAGCAUUCUUGGCUAGUUGUAUGGAAAAUGUGUAGCAAAAUGUGGGGCUCUCUGUGGUAGAAUAAGUUCCAAAUGCUAAAUGAAAAAUCAUGUAAACUUUCCCAGUUGUUGCAAGGGAUUCACUUCAUGUUAUCAAACUGUCUUCUCUGUCAACUGUAUGAAUGAUUGACAUGACACACCCCGAAUAUGUAACUGCUUUUUGUUUUUUGAGUGUUUGAAGUCCAAUUGGUUCACUCAGCUGGCUGAUGAAUUCUUACAAAAAAAAAAACCCUUGUGAAGUCUAAUGUGUUUUCCUAAAAUAUGCCCCUGUCCAGACUUGCUUAUCUUCAAUUUGGAAAUGUGCUUUGCAAAAAUACAUCAUGUGGAGAAACUGGGUCUUGUAAAUGGAAAGGGCUCAGAAGAACCUUGAAACCUUGAGCUGAGAUGAGAAAAUUGCACUCCAGGGACUGAUACUUAAUCAUGGAUGCUUAUGCCAAUAAAUAAUGUUCGUUUCUCUGUCCCAGGUGGGGGAAAGGCUGAGCGCUAAUUGUAGUCGCCAGGACCUUUUAUGAUAAAAAUGUCUUCCUCCAAAGAUGUAUUGCAGAUAGUUCCAUGGAGUCCUUGAAGUCUUUCAUGGCCAGAAUCAUUGGGCUGCUGUGAGUCUUUUGGGCUGUAUGGCCAUGUUCCAGAAAUUUUCUUUUUUGACUUUUCGCCCACAUCUGUGGCAGGCAUACUUCCCAACCUCUGAGGAUGCCUGCCACAGAUGUGGGCGAAAUGCCAAGAGAGAAAACUUCAGGAAUAUGGCCAUACAGCUCAAAAGACUCACAGCAACCCGUUGAGAGAUCUUUCUCUUUCCUGGAGCUCUUCUGCCAUCUUGCUAGGUUUGCUGAUAGUGUUUCUGUCCCAGGGUUUGUAGUGGCAGCCUGCCAUGUAGUGCCGUCCAACAGAUCAUAAAGUGGGAAAAUGUGUGUCUAUGCUGCCUUAUGGGAGAGAGGUGCAAGCCCUGAACCACGUGUUUGCAAUGCUUAGCAAGGAGCCAGGAGGAGGUCCAAGAGAAAUGGGGCAAGGCAUCCAUGCUGCAUUGUUAAGCAAACUGGAAGCGCUCCAAGAAAUCAGUUCUCUACGCAAAUGCAGGCCGCCUCUUAAGUGGCCAUUGUGUUUAGGAGAAAGCAUCAUUGUAGGACUGUGCUUCCCAACUUUUGGUCCUCCGGAUGUUUUGGACUUUGACUCCCACAAUAGGCUGGGAUUUCUGGGAGUAGAAGUCCAAAACAACUGGAAGACCAAAGGUUGGGAACCACUGUUGUAGGAGAAUGACGAAGAAAAGAAAUCCCCACCUAUUUGAAUGCUACAAACUCAAACUGGAGAAAAACACAUACCCUUUGCCGCAUGAUGUUAUUAAUUUGUAUUUCUUUUUCUAUUUCUGUGAUCAUGGAGCACGUCCAGUCUGUGAGUGGAAGUUUGACCCAUCUGCAGGCACUUCCCCAACUACCCACAGCUAGCAGAAUGCAUUAAAUAUUUGGCUUUUGGGUACGUCCCAACGACACAUUGAAUUAUUCCCAACUUUUGGGUUUGUCCCAAUGACACAUUUAAUUAUUCUAUUAAGGGGGGGAGAGAAUUAUCCUUACAGCUGUUACAGAAAGGGAGCCAAGGGGAAGAGAGAGGAUCAAUAGUGAUUUUAAGCAAAGUCACAAACAAUGCAGUAUUAUUAAUUUAUAGCGGAAAGACCAUAUCUUGUAUGCUGUAUAUAAAACAGAGUUUUAUGGUGCAGUUGUUCGUCAAGCUUCUGUCUGUUACUUUACAGGAGAGGGGAAUGUUCAGAGCAGGCGUGAGUAAACUUUGGCCCUGCGGGUGUUUUGGACUUCAACUCCCAUCAUUCCUAACAGCCUCAGGCCCCUUCCUUUUCCCCCUCAGCCACUUAAGCGACAUGCAUCCACCUCCACUGAGGUGUAAAGCAGACUGACUACAAAAUGGAGUUCUGAGUCUGAAUAUGCUCAGUAUAAUCAAAUGUCUAUAACAAUUCCCACACCACACACUUAAGCAGCUGAGGGAGGAAAGGAAAGGGCCUUAGGCUGUUAGGAAUGGUGGGAGUUGAAGUCCAAAACACCUGGAGGGCCAAAGUUUGCCCAUGCCUGGUCCAGACCAGACUCUGCUACAUCUCUAUCCAUCCCAAUCCCAAAGUGUAUUUCACUCUCUGCUUGGCCUGAUUUUAAAGUUUGCAAAAAUCUGUGAAACAUUGGGGUGGAAAUGAAGGCAGUUGUAUUUUCAAGGAGAUCUCUUUGCUUGAGAGUUCCUCAUUUUGCCCUAGAAGAGCUCAAUUCUGGCCCCAGGUAUUUGCUGACGUCUCUUCUUUCCCUCAGCCCUCUUACUGCAUUUGCUGCCAACCUGCAACUGCUAAGGAUUAUUUUCUAAUUGGCUCAGACAUCUUUUUGCCAUUGAUUUCCAGACAAAAUAUGAAUACAAACUGUACAAAAUUGACAUAAUUUUCUUCACUUGUAUUUUUGUUAUUGAGCAAGUUUAUCAAAAUAAAUUGUCUACUUAAUGAAA